CGCGGAACGCUUCCGCUCUCGUCCCCCGUUCCGGGAGUGCUGUCGAUCAGGCCGCGCGCGCGCGCGCGAGCUCGCGAUCCUCCGGCGCGAGCGAAUCGUUGCUCGCAACGCCGUGUCGCAGUCGUGGGAUUGCGGCUGUGUCGGUAGAAGCAGGUCCGCGAACGGCCGUUCCGCGUCACGGGACAGAACUCUCUCGGCCCUCGUCCGUUGGAAACACGGGGCGAGGAGAGAGAGAGAGCCAGGGAUCGCGAACGGGGUAGUGUCGUCCGACCGCCGCGAGGAUCGCGCGUAUCCGAGGCGGAGUGAGACUGUGACGGAACGCGAGAGAGCUACAGCGAGUUCCAAAGCCGCGCGUCCGAGGCCCUCGCGAGCAGUCUCGAGGAUUCGGUGGUGGAAACUCGGUGAUCCGCGGCUCGGCCUCGGGCGUCCCUCGAUCGACCGUGGCCACGAGCGAAAAUCCCAUCGGCGGACCCGCGGCAGUCGUUCGCGCGCGAGGUGAAUCGAUGGUGCACGCGAAAUCGUGACGCGAUCGUUCGUUGGCUGGUAGUACGCACGAUGUCGCGCCGCGAUGGGUCACGUGACUGAGCACGGUCCAGGAGAGGAAUAGCGGUGGAGGGCGCAGAGGCGAGAAGAGAGAGCGAGCCGACCGACCGAAGGAGGACCUUCCGGUGAGGACCUUCGCGGGUCCAGGUCAGGGCGCCGUGCUCGCCGAACGCAGACGGAGGUGGCUACCAGCCGUGGGCGGACCGAGCUGGCAGCGGCCGGGUCUCUCAGCGACGACGGGCCGGGACUAACAAUGUCCUAGCGAAGGCAGGACCGCGUCUAGGCCGAUCCCCCUCGUCCUGUUCCGUCUCUCGUCCAACAGAACCUCGAUCCCCGUCUCGCAAACACCCUAACCUCCGGAACAAACACGACCGACUCUCGAGCCACCGAUCGACACGCGCGAGACUCGACGGUGCUGGAAAGGGACACGUGCGCGACCCGAUCUACCGAACGGAGACACGGUGGACGUGAACACGCAACGAUCGCGCGUCCUCGUUCCCGACGUCGUUCUCUCGGCAAGUUUCCAGCAGGAACGUGGACACGACUCGGCUAGAAACGCGCGCAGAGCGCACACCUAGAGACGACGGAGCACGCACACGUACGCGGAGGCGAAACGGCACACGGAGCGUGCACUGGGUGACGCGUACACGGGCACGCGAGCUUCCUCCCGAAUCCAGCCAAGUCCAAAGUCCUUAAUCCCGUGGGGUGAUCCUGGCCCCGCCCGCAAGCGAAGGAACCACACCCCGGCCAGAGAACGAACCCAGGAUACAGAUUUACCGAGUUCUCCUCCUGGUGAUGCUAGCGGCACGCUGUGGCGGUUGAAGUGGCUGUCGCGAAGGCUGAAGAAGUGGCGAAGUUGCUGAAAAUCGGCGCCGGGAGCGGAAGAUCCGGGCAGCGGUAGUGGUGGCGGAACGGCAGGGGUACUAUGGGAGCGGGGGUAUGGGGGGCGGAGGAGGGCUACAAGCCACGGACCUCCGGCGAAGGCUCGAGUCCCGGUGUUCAGGAAGCACUCUUCCCCAGAGCCCUCGUUCCUUAAGGCACGAUGGUUACCCGGCAGCGGAGGGAAACCACUACGACCAGGAAGAAAGGGUUGGCCUGCAAGCAACCCUCGCUUCCGGUCAACCGACUUGUACAGGUUCCCGGCCCUGCAGACGCCAGGAGAACGAAGAGAAUGGCCACGAGAAGCGUGUGAGACGCGCGAAUGGCGGCUGCGGCUCGCUCUGCGGAAAGCUGCGCCGAAUCUCCGUCGGGAGAUUCCUCGGCAACGACGCCGAGGAAGAUGAAGCCAGCAACGGGAAGAGGCAUCGGCUCCGAUGGUGUCGCAGGGACUUACGGUGGAUCGCGGAUGUGGCGACGAGGACCCUGCUCCUCGGGAUCGUGCUCUUCGUCACGCCAGGUCUCUGCCACCAGGACGCGGUGCACAUUACGGCAAUCCUGGGGGAGAGCGUUGUCUUCAACUGUCACGUAGAGUUCCCCGGUGAGCACCCAGUGCCCUACGUUCUCCAAUGGGAGAAGAAGGUAGGCGACACGGAGAUACCGAUAUACAUAUGGUACGAGUCGUAUCCGACCCACAGUGGCGAGGGUUACGAAGGUCGAGUCUCGAAGGUGAGCCCGAAUUCACCGUACGGCGUGGCGAGCCUCAACCUGACCGACAUCCGCGAGAGCGAUCAAGGAUGGUACGAGUGCAAGGUCGUCUUCCUCAACAGGUCGCCCAACAACAACAAGAAUGGCACCUGGUUUCACCUGGACGUUCACGCGCCGCCGAAGUUUAGCAUCACGCCGGAGGACAUGAUCUACGUGAACGUGGGCGACGCGAUAAUUCUAAACUGCCAGGCGGAAGGCACGCCGACGCCCGAAAUCCUCUGGUACAAGGACGCGAAUCCGGUCGAGCCGUCGACCACCAUCGGGAUAUUCAACGACGGCACGGAGCUCAGGAUCUCGACGAUCAAGACCGAGGACAUCGGGGAUUACACGUGCAUCGCGCGUAACGGGGAGGGCCAGAUCAGCCACACGGCCCGCGUGAUAAUCGCAGGCGGAGCAGUGAUCACCGUGCCGCCGACCAACCAGACGAAGCUGGAAGGCGAGAAGGUGCAAUUCUCCUGCGAGGCGAAGGCUCUCCCGGGCAACGUGACGGUGCGCUGGUUCAGGGAGGGCGCGCCGGUGACCGAGGUCUCGGCGCUGGACACGAGGGUGACCAUCAAGGCCGACGGCAGCCUCGUUAUCAAUCCCGUCAGCGCCGACGACUCCGGCCAGUACCUUUGCGAGGUGACCAACGGCAUCGGGGAUCCGCAGAGCGCCAACGCUUACCUCAACGUGGAAUAUCCAGCAAAGGUUACGUUCACCCCGACGGUCCAGUACCUGCCGUUCCGUUUGGCGGGGGUGGUCCAGUGUUACAUAAAAGCGAACCCGCCGCUGCAGUACGUGACCUGGACGAAGGACAAGCGGCUGCUGGAGCCUUACCAGACGAAGGACAUCGUGGUGAUGAACAACGGCUCGCUGCUGUUCACGCGUGUGAACGAGAACCACCAGGGCAGAUACACGUGCACGCCGUACAACGCGCAGGGCACGCAGGGUAGCUCCGGCCCGAUGGAGGUCCUCGUGCGUAACCCGCCCGUGUUCACGCUGGAGCCGGAGCCGAUCUACCAGAAGAAGGUCGGCGAGACCGUCGAGAUGCACUGCGACGCGCAGGAGGCCGAGGGCACGCAGAAGCCGACGAUACAGUGGCACAGGAGAGACGGCGCGUCCAUCGAGCGCAACCGGGCGAAGAUCAUCGGCGGCAAUCUGACGAUCGAGAGCCUGCGGCGAUCGGACUUCGGCUUCUACCAGUGCGUCGCGACCAACGAGGUGGCCACGAUCUCGGCGUCCACGCAGCUGAUCGUCGAAGGGACCCAACCGCACGCGCCGUACAACGUGUCGGGGACCGCGACCGAGUUCUCCGUCACGUUGACGUGGCUGGCGGGCUAUUCCGGCGGGCCCGACUACAAGCAAGACUAUACCAUUUGGUACAGGGAAUCGGGCACGUCGGAAUGGCUAACGAUCCCGGUGACGCCUUCCGGCAGCACCACGGUGACGAUCAACAACCUGACGCCGGGCACGCUGUACGAGUUCCAGGUGAUCGGGAAGAACGCCCUGGGCGACGGGAUGCUGAGCAAAGUCAUUACUAUCAGGACUCUUGACAUCUUAGAUUAUAGUACCCUCGUGUUACCGACCGAUUCCACAGGCAACCCGGUCUUCCCGCCGAUCAUGCGCCCGAAAGGACCGAAGCCAGGUCCCCCCAAGAAUCUCACGGUGACAGAGAUCAGUAACGGUUUCCUGAUAACCUGGCAAGCUCCUGUGGAACGGAACCACCUUAUCCAGUACUACACCAUUAAGUACAAGACGGACGGACCCUGGAAAACGCUCAACAAGGGACAAAUCCGACCCGAAGAAACCAGUUACUUGGUGAAGAAUCUGGUCGGCGGCAGGACCUACUAUUUCCAAGUGUUCGCGAACUCGGCGACGAACUACGGCGCCAGCGAGCAGGUGAAAUUCCCGGUGCCCGCCCGCGUGAAGCACAAGGCGAUCACCGCCGGCGUGGUCGGUGGUAUACUGUUCUUCAUCGUCGCGAUCAUCCUGAGCAUAUGCGCGGUGAAGAUAUGCAAUAAGCGGAAGAGACGAAAACAGGAGAAAGAACUGCUUUCAGCGUAUAGUAUGGUGACCUGCCGGGUCACCGACGCCAGGAACGGCGCAGGGCAGGGGCCCCAGGGAACAGUGCCUUUGAAAAAGUGAGUGUCAAACCGCCGGAUCGUUAACGUUUACUUUUCUCCAUUUAUUUUCUCGUUUUUUCUUUCUAUCGAGAACUCAUACAGGUUAUAUAUAUCCGAAUCACACUUUGAAUCUCUCGGUCCCCCUGUUACACGGGGACACUCUCGAACGAUUUAAUGCCAGAACCGAAGACGUAGGAGGUCGCAUCUGCGCCCGUCCCUGUACGAGACGAGACGGAGGUGUCGCCUCUCGUUCGGAAAUUUCGGGUUCGAUGGAACAGAGAAACGGCUAAGAUUAUACGGAAAGUACGGGACGAGGCAGAUGAGACCUCGAAGAGAUAUACAUCACUUAGGUUUAGCCAGAGCUAGCAAUUAAGUCCACUCCACCCCCUCUUACGAGCAUUAGGCGACCGAAGCACCGCAAGCAUUUACGAAACCUCUCACGAGUAAUCAAUAGCUGACAAAAUGUUCGAGAUGAUUCUAUUACCUGAUUAUGCAUACAUAUAUAUAUAUCUCUAUAUAAUACAUAUAUAUUACUAUACGUUGUUUCUAUUGUCACGAGUUUAUCGAGGUUAUGUAUUGACACUGGACCCGGGACGCGGAUCGUUCGUUCGAUAACCGAGCCCGAUCGACGGCCUGCCUCCGACCAGUCGGAACGCGGUGUGUAAGUAUGCGUUAUCGGGCGAACGACACCGUUCCCAUUUGAUCUACCAGAUCGCUAUCGCCGUGUCUACCUGGGAGGCCCGCCAGGGACGCGGGGGACGACCCGUUCCUCCGCGGAACACCGGUUGCCGCCCUCCACCGUGGCACCUCGCUUAUCCGAACACGAGGAUCACGUGUGCUCGGUUGUCUCCUGAUCUUAUUUAUUGCGGGAAUUCGAGUUUUGAAGGUUGGAUGAUGUAGUUUGUUUUUAUAGGAGAUUUUUGCUUUUGGCGUUUGGAAGUUUACUCUCUGUUAUACGAACGUGCGUAUCCUAUGCACAUACACAGGAACUACCGAGUACGUCGAAAUGAUUUAUUUCUACAUUCACUUUUGCAGUUCUUAACACUUUACGGGCAUUUAUUGUACACUUCAUUCUAUUAUUCCUAAAAGAAUCGAUGUUCGUUUAUUUAGAUUGUGGAAACUGGAGAUUUGAUAGCAGGUAAUUGGGGUACAUGUCAGUGUGAUCGCAUCGAUCAAAAUCGGCGUAAACAUUUACGAAAUAAUAUUUCUAAAAUCCAAUAUGCGUCGAUUUGACGCGUUCCGUAAACCUAGUAUUAAGGAAGAACAGAUGCUUAGGGAAAUGAGCGAUGAAAGUGAUUUAGAUUAAAUUGUAAAUCGAGUGGAAUCUCAAGUGUUGGAGUUUCUAUGGAUAGAUUAUAAGAUCUAAUCGAAUUACUCGGUAGUUGGUGUUAACACGUUGACACUUUGAAACCGGUGAGGAAUUCUUUGAUUUUCAACUAGUCGAUUCUAGUUCGGUCAAGAUUUUAUACUUUGAGAAUAAAAUUAUAUUUUUUGGUUUAUAAUAUUAACCUUUAGCACUCCAGAUGAUUUUAUAAUUUAUCAGCUGCAACUAAUUUUUAUGGUAUCUCCAGUGAAAAUGAAGAAUACUAUAACAUUCCUUCGAUC